AUGAAGGCGAUCAAGCGUUUCCUCUCGCCCGCGGACGCCAAGCGUGACCGCGACUCGAGCACCAAGCGGCCAUCGAACACCCCCACCCAAAGGUCCGUCUCGACAAGCUCGCACCUCGGCCGCAAAGCCCGGCCUACGUCCUGGCAUACUGCGUUCUCUGUGUUUUCCGGCCACUCGAAAGAGUCGUCGGGCACCUCUUCGGCGCGCACAGUGUCCAUCUCGCAGCCCAUCUCACAACCCUCCCCCUUGGCCAGCGCGCCCGUGGUCCUGCCGCAGGUCCCCUCGCAGACCGCAGAGCCGUCCGAGAGCUCCCAGCCAUCAUCCCAGGCCUCCUCCCAGCCCUCUUCGGUCCCCUCUUCCACCCACACCCCUUCCAUCGCACCGUCGCCGAGCCCAUCCAACAGGGGUUCGCUCAUUAUCAACACACCAACAGGCGCACCGACCAUCAGCCUUACUCGCAGCGCCUCGCAGAGAGUGUCUGUUCUCUCAGACUGCUCCUGGGGUGAAGCGGCUGGCUCUCACUCAACCAUCUCGAGGGCCCCCUCCAUGCCUCGCAGCGUGUCGUACAGCGUUUCACUCAGCAACUCGCGCUCGGCGUCGACUCGCACUGCCCGCCUGAGCAAGGUGGUGCCCCCACGGCCCCGUCGCCGUAUUGACUUUGCUGGCGACCACCCGCACAUUAUUACAGCCAUCUUUGGGCACACUUCUCGUUCAACACUCAUCCGCCUGCGUCUCGUGUCAAAGGUGUUCAAGGAGCAUGCCGAUGCGCAGCUGGCGCUCCACCUCGUCCUGUCGUCGCCCAUCGGGUCAACGUCGCUCCGCGUCCUCGGCCCCGAUGGUGCGCAGAUCCCGGGCCUCUCACCGCGGAUCCUGUACAAGAGGGAGGACCGCCGCCGCAUCUCGCCCGUCGUCUCCAGCACGCGCGUAUUGGACUUUUGCGGUCCCUCGCGUGCGCGCGACGGCGAGAUGGCCGACAUUACCGUCCAGUGCAGCUCCGUCACCACUGUCCGUCUCCGUGCCGACGCAACGGGCCAGUUCCCAACCGUGUGCCCGUUCCCGCCUCGCGCGACCCAGAUUGUCGCAUUUACGAGCCUCGCUGCCGACGACGUUGGCAACAGCUCCACCCCCGCCGUUGACAAGACGGCGCGCCGCAAGUCCUGGCGCUCGAGCUGGCACGAGAGCGUCCCUGCAACGCUCUCUCCCACUGUUCCGGCGCACUCGUACAUUGGCCCUGUGCCCAACCGUACCCGUCGCCUUGUCGUGACGGUGAGCUACCCCAAGGCUACCCUCGUGCAGCCCCCCUUGCGCCAACUCGGCACCUGGCACCACCCCGAGUCUCUGCGCGAGGUGGUUGUUAUUUUCGCGGCACAGGAGCCGCUUUCUCGUGCCCGUCCUCGCUCGUUCUUGAGCCUCAGCAGCGACCCCUCGGCGUCACUGGCCGUGUACGACAAGUACCACCUCGCCAGCGAGCUUGCAGCCCAGCAGGCCGGGGGCGCCGCGCGCCAGCGCCGCUUCCUGUCCACGCCUCCGACGUCCGGCGCGUCGUCGCCGUCGCCGUCGCUCACGAUCCGCACAACACCCAGGUCGCCCAAAUCGCCGCGUGCCAGGCCCACCAGCUGGAUGGGCCCCAUUUCCUCCCCCAUCUCCCCGCGCACCAACUCUCUCCCGACGCCAACACUGACCGUCUCGGACGCCGACGCGGGCACCCCGCGCACCCCAAACUUUCCCUAUCCGUCCCCCAUGCGCCUGGGCGUGCUGUACCCGCUCAUCCGCGCCAUGGCGCGCCACCUGCCCAACAACGUCUCGUACACGCUCGUGGACACGGCGCGCCUCGACCCCGUCCUCCUGGGCCACGCGGCCGGGACGCUCCUGUCCCCGCGCCAGAUCGAGCGCGAGUUCACCACCGCGCUCAAGCAGGAAGUGUGGGCCAAGCGCCAGGCCGACGGGUUCCCGCUCGACGGCAGCAAUGCAGACGCGGGGCUCCUGGACGAGCUCAAGUUUGUCAGCCGCAACGAGUACCUCACGAACGUGGGCGAGCGCGAGUGGAAGCUCGAGACGACAGAGUACCUCUAG